CGCAGGAACGCCAGCGAGCCAGCACGCCUGCACACCAACAGUGGAGACGUGUGGUCGUUUUCUGAUUGAAAAUGGUUCGUAAACUGAAAUUUCACGAGCAGAAGCUCCUGAAGAAGGUAGACUUCAUUAACUGGGAAGUGGACAACAACCUGCACGAGGUCAAGGUGCUGCGCAGGUUCCGCAUCGAGAAGCGAGAGGACUACACAAAGUACAACAAACUGAGUCGCAGCGUGCGGGAGCUGGCCCAGAAGAUCAGGGACCUGGACGAGAAAGAUGGCUUUCGGACCCAGGCAACCGCCUUGCUGCUGGAGAAGCUGUACAGCAUCGGCCUCAUCCCUACCAAACAGAGCCUGGCCCUGACCGAGAAGGUCUCCGCGUCGUCCUUCUGCAGGAGGCGUCUUCCCUCCAUCAUGGUGAGCCUGCGCAUGGCUCAGAACCUGAAGACAGCCAUCACCUUCAUCGAGCAAGGCCAUAUACGUGUGGGACCAGAGAUUGUCACAGAUCCCGCCUUUCUUGUCACCAGAAAUAUGGAAGACUUUGUGACCUGGGUGGACUCCUCCAAGAUCAAGCAGCACGUCAUGAACUACAACGCGGAGAGAGACGACUUUGACCUUGUGGUGUAAACGAACCAAGAGAGCAGCAGUUUCCUCCCCGUUUGGGGGAAACGGAGCGAAUGAUGUCGGAUCCCGAUUGCAUGAAGAACUGAUUCUCUUGGAUUUUUUUUUUUUAAAUUAAAAAAAAAACACUAUUUAUAGAGGAAUAAAGUGCAGUGGCAAGAAACUGAAGACUUUCACUUUAUUAUACUGGAGUGGAGCCUCCAGACUGGAGCACUUUUCUCUCUCUUCAUUAUCGCAGAGCUCAUUUUAUAUUUUUGUAAUGUUUUCAAAAUAAAGUCAAUAUAAUUUACAGUGCAAGGAUCCAUUGCAAGUUCAAGGUGUGGUUUUCUCACUGUGCUCAUUGACCUCCUCAUGCUCCAAUACACCCAAUACACCCCUUUGCACCCUUGAUCAGUAAAUGGGUGGUUCUGUCCAGAACUCCAGAAGGCUUGAGUGCCAGGCUAAAGAGGUGCAGCUGUCCACUGCGCAGCUCACUGUCCUCAGGCAGUAUAUUCACGCUGUAAGUGGCAUUUCACAGCCACUGAACCACACAAAGACCACUCAACACUUGCACUGCCUCACCUCACACAAGUGUUUCUACUCAGACACACAUGGUGUAGAACAAUUAAAGCUCUGCUGGGCAACUGUUAAUAAAAACAUCUGUAUAUUACAGUUAAUUACACUUAAGAGUGAUUGACAGCCAGAAAUACCCUUGAGAAGGAUGUACAGAACUGGGCUGCAGCACUU